UUAAACUCUCAACUACUCCGACUCAGAGCAACACACAGACACAGAAGAGUCCCUGAGAAAGAGAGAGUUUAUAAAGAGAGAAAAACUGAGAAAAGUGAGUUCUUGCCACAAUAGCAUUCUUUCGUUUCAUCCCCCAUUUAAUGCCUCUCAGCAAUAAAGCGUGAACGCUCUUCGCUUUUAGUUUUUUCACGUUAAUUUCCAUCUCAGAAUUACCAGCAAAUUAACGAACAGUACUACUCUUCCCUCGUAGCCCACAUUCGAAAAGCUCAGAUUCUCUCUCUCUCGAGAGAGAAAACUUUCGUUUCGCGCUAUCUUUUCUUAUACCAUUUUCGUUAUAAUAUAGAUAUAAAUAUACGUAUCGAUACAGGUAGAGAGAAGAGGGGGGAUAGAAAUGGAGCUGAGUAAGGUAACCCUGGAGAUCUUCACGAAACUGGAGCAGAAAUGGCUCUCCCACUGCGAAACCACCAAGAAGACGCGCAUUCUCAGCAUCGACGGCGGUGGAACCACCGGCAUUGUCGCCGGAGCGGCUCUGAUCCAUCUUGAGGACCAGAUCCGUCUCAAAACCGGCGAUCCUCACGCUCAAAUCGCUGAUUUCUUCGAUCUUGUUGCUGGAACAGGUAUCGGAGCCAUCCUCGCGGCCAUGAUCGCCGCGGACGAUGGUUCUGGCCGUCCUCUAUUCAACGCAAGGGAGGCGGUGAAUGCCAUUGCGGAGAAGAACCCCGAGCUGUUCAAGGUCAAGCUAACUGGAGUUUUUCGCCGGCGGCGGAGAUUCUCCGGCGUGAGCAUGGAGAAUGUGCUCAAGGAGGUGUUUAAGAGAGAUCAGGACGGGAAGGUAUUGACUCUGAAAGACACGGUCAAGCCUCUCAUCGUCCCGUGCUUCGACUUGAAGAGCUCGGCGCCGUUCGUCUUCUCCCGCGCCGACGCGACCGAGUCGCCGAGCUUCGACUUCGAGCUGUGGAAGGUCUGCCGCGCCACGUCAGCCACGCCGAGCCUCUUCAAGCCGUUCAACCUGAGCUCCGUCGACGGAAAGACGUCGUGCUCCGCCGUCGACGGCGGACUCGUGAUGAACAACCCGACGGCGGCGGCGGUGACGCACGCGCUCCACAACAAGCGCGACUUCCCGUCGGUUAACAGCGUGGAUGAUCUGUUAGUCCUGUCGUUAGGGAACGGCCAGCUGAUCGGAAAGAAAAAUGUCCACCGCCGCGACGGCGAUUGCUCCACGUCGUCGAUUGUUGACAUUGUGCUCGAUGGAGUUUCCGAGACCAUUGACCAAAUGUUGGGGAACGCAUUCUGUUGGAACCGUACGGACUACGUCCGAAUUCAGGCGAAUGGAUAUGGGAGUGAAGGGUUAGUGGGGCCGAGAAGGAAGGAAGAGGAAGUGGAAGUGUUGAAAGAGAGAGGGGUUGACUCGUUACCGUUUGGCGGGAAGCGGUUACUGACGGAGACUAACGGCCAGAGAAUCGAGUGUUUCGUUGAACGCCUUGUGGCUUCCGGAAAGACCAGCCUGCCCCCCAGCCCCUGCAAGGAAUCUGCCGUUAGCCCUCUUGCUAACGGCCGUUAGAUUGUUUUUGCCUGGAUCUUACCCCCUCUGGUUUAUAUAUAUUUAUAUUUUUUCCUCUUUUAACUCUGUAAGACUGUAAUGUAAACCAACGCAG